CUCGCGUGCAGUUUUCGCUACUCAAAUUCAACUAAUUAAAGCAAAACUUAUAAACAAUGAAUUGCUUGAAUUGCAUUGAGGCGCUGCAACUUGAUGCUGCAGCCGAACGACCUGCCAUGAGUUGGUUUCUGCGCCUAGUGGUUGCCACAUUGCCGUACGAGGUGCACGACAUAGACGACAAUGAGGUUAUAGUGAAUCGCAUAAUGAUACCGCCGCUGCGUGGCCACUGGGAGUGUCGAUACUUUGAUCUACGCAUGCCCGGCUAUGUCUACAAGCAGAGCCUGAUACAUCCGCUGAUCAAUUGGGAGCUGCUGGACACGAUCAUGGGCCAGAGCAUAGAGCAGGGCGCCGAGACUUUUCAGCGCUACAUCGAGCGUCAGCUGCAGCUGCCGCAAAUGCCCGAAAUGGAGGAGCUGCUAUACGAGUCGGAUGAGGAGGAGUUUGCCGUAGCAGCUGAAGCAGGAAAGCAACCAUUAGCUGCAUUGGCGACUCGCACCAGCCGAAAAAGCAGAUACAUCAACAGUAAUCCACAUUCAGCUACCCCAGAGCUGCAGCAAUUUCUACGCCCCCAACUGUUGUCCAACAAAAGGUGA